GGGGCAGGGGUCGCCUCACUGCGGCAACAGCCCCCCACCGUCUCCCUCCUUUCCUUCUCUUUUUGCGAUCUGCCACAGGAUGGGAUCAGGGAGCACACUGAAGUUUGCCCUCUGCGAGGUGCUGCAGUUUGCUGGCCUGUGUGUGCCACUCUUCAUCGUGAUGCAGAGAUUUGCCAUCAUUGUGGCAAAGGUCAAAGCGUCUGCGCAGCCCCCCAGCGACACCAGCACAGCGUACUGGCUGAUCGUGGCCUCCUCAAUCGCCUAUGUCACCUCCACCGCCCUGCUGGUGUGGGUACCCCUGAAGUACUUGGUGUUUAUAAAAAAGAAGUUUCUUGUUGGGAGGAAGAAAUGGAGGCCGGUGGCCCUGGUAUAUGUAAUCCUGUCCACGUUACCCUGCUUUGCCUUUCUCAUUGCCAGUUCUGAGGUUCAGAUAAACAACAACAUGAAACACGACACAUUUACGGAGAUUCCUGUGUCUUUGGUCUUCUUCUCCUUAAUCUGCAUUGAUGUCGUGGAGAGGAUCCGACACUGCAGAUUGACCGGACAGGCUAAUGAAAUGGGAAGAGAUGCUGAAAUCCCCUCCACUGUCUUAACUCAUGUGGAACCAAUAACACUAGUAUCCCCCAUCGCUCCAGCUGUGUCAGGAGCUGCCGUUUCAGGACCAGCUGUGCCCGGCCCGGCUGUAUCGCGGCCAUCGAUGCACAGGCAAGGUAUGCCAAAUCCUCUUCAGCCUGGAACAAGUCAGAUAAGUGACAGGAACCACAAUGGAGGAGGGAUACAUCCAGAGACCAAUGGUGCCGUGCCUGGAAUAAAUGGGACCCCUGGCCGGCCGUUUAUCAUCUCUUCUCCUGAACUGAGCUCACCAUCAAUGAGUGGACCAGCUUAUCAUUUGUCUCCAUACACUUACACGGGCCCUCUGAGGUUUCUAUGUGUCAGUGACGCUCGAGCAGAUGUGUUCGUUGAUAGCUUUAUGUUCUGGAUGGAUACGGUGGAGAUGGUGAGGGUGGCAGGACAUCCACUGGUCUACUACUCCGGCUGGGUCUUCCCCAUCUACAUCUUCAGCUAUGUGUCCUGCCUACGUGUGGUGGUCAUGCCCAACACCCCACUCCUUUCGUCUCUAGGAGUCGCUCUGCAGGACUUACCUUUCUUCUUCGUGCGUGUUGGCCUCAUAGCCCUCUUCGGAUUCGUCACGCCCGUACUCUAUCUGAUGAAGAAUCUGUUGGUCUGUCUGGCAUUUGUCUACUUUAACUUCAUGACCAAGCUGAGGGUAUUUAACACAGAGAGGAUGUUCUUUUGAGACCAUGAAUGCGAGGACAGGACGCUGUCAGGAAAUGCAACCUGAUGGUAUUCAGAAAGGGGUUCCACCAGUUUAUAAUUCAAGGCAAAUCACAAUUGGAUGCAAAUACACCAUACAUGUCAUAGAGUUUUGUAACCUAACCACUACAUAUCAUUGAAAAAAAUUAAUAAAUUACUAAAAAGACUCAAUUGAAUAAUCUUUUAAAUAAGAGAGUUUAUUAGUGAGGCAAAAGUUCAGUUUAUCUGAAUGAAAUCAGGCUCCACACUUCUUAUCAGCCCUGGUAUACAGAUUUGUAUAAAGCUUUCCAUUACAUUUUUAUGUUAUUUUAGUAGCAUAAUCUAGACAGAAUUUUUAUUUUUUGGAAAAUUAAACUUUUUUGCUUUAUUUUGCUAACUUGAUCUGAGUGAUUAGGAAUUGGUUCACUUCAUCCUCCCUUUAAAAAUAACAAUACAGAUCACUAAUUUGAUUAACACUCUUUAAAAUGGGAAAGGCAAGAAAAAGGGGCAUUCAAGGAAAACAGAUGUGAUGUUGUUCUUUAGUAGUUUUAAAAUAAAAUAAAAAAACAGUUACUUGAAUAAGGAGGUCUGAUUCUUCCCCUGACUAGAUGCCACCCUGGGCAGUUGCCCAUGUUGCUCAUAUCAGAAACUGCCACCAACUGAGCUAAUGAGAAGCCAUCAUGACUAUGGAUGAUCUAGAAACUGUGAGAGAAGGAAAGUAAAUAAGUUACUGAAAUGAUAGGCUGGAUUUCUUUUUAAAAAUCACUGAUAUUUUGCUACUGCAGUUAAAGAUUAAUUUCUUUAAAGGCCCUUUGGAUAUCUUCACAAGGUAAACUAAUUGAAUUUAACUGUGAACAGCUCUGUUUUUAAUAAAUUUAUGUAAGGAAAAAUCUGUAAGAAUUUUAAACACAACUUGCAAUUACUUGACAAGUGUUGACACAACUUGCAAGUGUUGAAAGAGCGUAUAGUUUUUCUCCCUAAAAAAAGUGGUUUCCCAGUUAGUUGAAAAAGAAAACAUACAUUUUCUUAAGAUCAAUAGUUUUGGAAAAGUGACAAUAUUUGUGCUCAAAUGUCAUAGAACAGCUGGUGGAACCAAACAGUUUGCAUUUGAUUAAUCAAAAAUGUUUUGCUGAAAUAAUCAAAUAGUACUUUUCACAGGCCAAAUGGGAGCUCUCAGGCAAUGCAGACACAUCUAGUGUCAAAUAACUGCUGCAAUAUGUUUCAUUAACUCCAUGUGCAAAUAUACUGUUUGUACCCCUUUCUACUCCUUUUGGGAAAAAAAUGGUUGUAUGACUAUGACUGUAAGCUAUGUGUUUUAAACCAUCAUAAUGUGUUGUGAAUAUGUGCCAUAUAAUAAAACAGAGUUGUUUACAUGAGA